AUGCCCACUCAGCUGGAGAUGGCCAUGAACAUCAUGAUCAGAAUCUUCCACCAGUACUCUUGCAAGGAAGGGGACAGGUUCAGGCUCAACAAGGGGCAGCUGAAAAUGCUCCUGCAGCAAGAGCUCACGGAGCUCUGCCAAAAGGACCCCCAAUUGGUUGAUAAGAUAAUUCAGGACCUGGAUGCCGAUAAGGACAUUGAAGUGGAUUUUAAUGAAUUUGUGGUCAUGCUGGCAGCUCUGACAGUUGCCUGCAAUGAUUACUUUGUAGAACAAUUGAAGAAGAAAGGAGAGUAA